AUUCCCCGCCGGAGUGUAAACACCAGCGCACCGGAAGUAGCCGCAUCGUGGCGGAAAAUAGCUUUAGCAUCAGCUAACAACUUGAGCGUGGUUUUUAUUUUUCAUCAUGGACAACACGACAGACGGGACGUGGGAUAGUUUGUCAGUAAAACUCAGCGGCGGAAUCUUACAGACACUCAAAGAGCUUAAAUUCACGCACACGACACCUGUACAGUCUGCUUGCAUUCCUCUCUUCAUGAGCAACAAAGAUGUGGCUGCUGAGGCGGUGACUGGGAGUGGAAAGACUCUGGCCUUCGUCAUUCCUGUUCUGGAAGUUCUGCUCAAGAGAGAAGACAAGCUUAAGAAGAUGCAGGUGGGUGCGCUGAUCAUCACGCCCACACGUGAGCUGGCCAUCCAGAUCAGUGAAGUUAUGGGACACUUCAUCCAGAAGUUUCCACAGUUUACGCAGAUGUUAAUGAUUGGUGGCAACAACCCAAUGCAGGACGUGGAGAAGUUCAAGGAAAAAGGGGCCAACAUCAUUGUCGCGACACCCGGCCGUCUGGAAGACAUGUUCCGCAGGAAGUCAGACGGCGUGGACUUGGCCUCCUCGGUGAAAAGCCUCGAUGUUCUGGUACUCGACGAGGCAGACAGACUUCUGGACAUGGGCUUUGAGAACAGUUUGAACGCCAUCUUGGGCUUCCUGCCCAAGCAGCGGCGUACGGGCUUGUUCUCGGCCACUCAGACGCAGGAGCUGGAGAAGCUGGUGCGGGCGGGACUCAGGAACCCCGUACGCAUCACGGUCAAAGAGAAAGGCGUCGCCGCCAGCAACACGCAGAAGACGCCGUCCAGAUUGUGCAAUUAUUACACGAUCUGUCGCUCGGAGGACAAGUUCAACAAACUGGUGGCGUUUGUGAGGCAGCACAAACAGGAGAAGCAGCUGGUUUUCUUCAGCACGUGUGCCUGUGUCGAGUACUACGGCCGCGCCCUGGAGACGCUGGUCAAGAAGGUCGCCGUCCUCUGCAUCCACGGCAAGAUGAAAAACAAACGCAACAAGAUCUUUGCAGACUUCAGAGCCCUCAAAAGCGGUAUCCUGGUGUGCACCGACGUCAUGGCCAGGGGCAUCGACAUUCCCGACGUCAACUGGGUGCUGCAGUACGACCCACCCAGCAGCGCCAGCGCGUUCGUCCACCGAUGCGGGCGCACGGCGAGGAUAGGUAACCAAGGCAACGCUUUGGUGUUCUUGCUGCCAAUGGAGGAGUCAUACGUCAAUUUCCUGUCCAUCAACCAAAAAUGCCCGCUGCAAAAGAUGUUCCCCAUAAAGGACGUGGUGGACGUGCUGCCGAAAGUGAAGGCCAUGGCGUUGGCUGACCGCGCCAUGUUUGAUAAAGGCAUGCGGGCCUUUGUGUCGUUCGUGCAGGCCUACAACAAACACGAGUGCAGCCUCAUCUUCAGGGUCAAAGAUCUGGACUUUGCCGCGGUGGCUCGUGGAUUUGGUCUCCUGCGCCUGCCAAAGAUGCCGGAACUGCGCGGGAAAACCUUCCCUGACUUCCCGGCGGCGGCGCUGGACACUGAGACCAUCCGGUACAAGGACAAGCAGAGGGAGAAACUGCGGCAGAAGAUGCUGGUGGAGCUCAAGGAGAAGCGCGAGACCAUGGAGCCCAAGAAGAAGUCUCAGAGGAACCAAGCUUGGUCCAAACAGAAAGCAAAGAAGGACCGCAGGAAGAAGAACGCUGCCAAGAGGAAGCACGAGCAGUGCUCUGACGUGGACGACGACGACAUGAAGGAGCUUCUGAGUGACACUCGUCUCCUCAAGAAACUGAAGAAGGGACAAAUCUGUGAGGAGGACUUUGAGAAAGGGGUCUCGCGAGACCGUGACUGAUGAAAAGUCGGACACGUUCCCGUCUUACGCCGUUUAAUGCUGUUUAUAAAUAAAGCUUGAUGAGCUCGUCGCUGACGGCCGACGGCGUGAGGACGCCCAGGUCGGUGAAGAGGAGGGUGAUGAGGGAGGGGGGCGUGUAGUCCACCAGCGGGUGUUCCUCGGACAGGUUGGGGAGGUGUUUCAACGUGUCCACUUUGUACUGCCGGGACAGACAACAAAGACAUCGUGAGAUCUACAAUUCCAAGACUAGAAUGGCACCCACCCCCCACCUUGAACUUAUCCGGCACGUCCUGCUGGUUGAGAGGGUAGAGGCGUACAAACUUGAAGCUCUCGGCCACCACGUAGAACGGUUUGUUGUGAGCCUUGGCACACACCGCCGUCUGGUAGGUGCCAAUCUGUGCCAACAUCAAAACAUCUGUGGACUGACAAAACACGACCACUUCCUGCAACACACCUUAUUGAUAAUCCCGCCGCUCUCCACCACGCCCUCCGCGCCCACGAUGACCUGAUCCACCUUCUCCAGGAUGUACCUUACACACGCCAUCCAAUUUAUGUCAUAAAGUAUGUCCCUAUACUUACGUCCAUUGUGCCUUCUUACCCCACAGCCGCGUCCAAGACCACGGUCACAGGAACGUUGAGCUUCCUCAAGUCUUCUGCCAUCUGCCGCCUUGACAGACACGGACAUGUGAUUUAAACCGCCCCCCAAAAAAUAAACACUAGCCGCGCUCACCCGGUGCCGUCGGGCUGCGACUCUGUGACGAAGACGGAGAAACGUUUGUUCUCGCCCGCCGCCUUUUCCAGCACGCGGAGGACCACUCUGGAGUAGGAAUGUGUCAGGAUUUUCUGUUGUGAUGAAGACAGGCAGCAAAGACACAUCAGCAAGUCUUACAGCUCUUGAAAAGGCAUGUGACUUUGCAAUGCAUUGUGGGGACCAGGUAGCCAUUUUUGCUGGACGCAGGUUCUGUUUACAUUAGACUUACACUUCCUGUUAUUGUCAUUCAAAUUUGAACUUUGCAGUACAGAUAAGAACAAAAUGUUGUUGCAUUAGCUCAUGGUAGUUCAGGAUAGAAGAGCAAUAAGGCACAGCUAUAGAUUACUGUACAGAUAAAUAUAUUGCACUUUUGCACAUUCAUACAUGGCUGUGCUGUACCUGCGGUAACAAGAGCGAUCAACAAACUGGAUUGAAAUGGACUGUACAAAAUAAAAUUAAGUAAAUUUAAUCUAGUAAAAUAAAAUACAUUGGUGGAAAUGAUGCAAUGGACAAGAGACAUUUCAAAGCUAAACUUGUCCCGGUUUUUGUCAACGCAGUCAGUUUUUUUUACCGGUGAAAAAUUUCAGAAUGCAAAGAUUCAUUAGCCUGAUUUGCAUAUAGUAGUUCUCAGGACCUUGUUCUCAGAGCUACCACACAUUCGAGUUUAGUUAAAGAAACUACCCUAUCCCAUGGAGACGUUUCCUUUACAGUUUCGCACAUAUACAUAUAAGAAACAUGUGUAAUGUAUAUCUGCCUACUACCCAUGACGUAUUACUUUAGCGCCUCAACCACUGCUGCAAAACAACCAACAACCCGCCCAUGAAACGAGAACAGAGAAACAAGCAAGAAUGGAGAACUCAGAGGCCACUGUUAUCGUGAUCGUCUGCAUGCAAGGAAGAAUAACUAUUCUGCAUCUAUUGCUACGUUAAUGGAAGCGCAUACCAAAGGACUAAGAGCACGAGGAAUCCAGCGACAAGUGAUAUUAGUGAGGCGUCAUGAAGAGUUUCUACUCAUUGCAAAACUGUAUUGAUACUGUGUCACUAAAUACUGACAUCUGCUGGACAUUAAAAACCCCUACAGGCAAGCAAGCUA